AUGUUUCUAUUUGGGCCACAAUUCGAUCCAAACAAAUGCAAGGUACAAUUAAAACUUGCAGUUAGUAGAAUACAGAUAUUAAAGAAUAAGAAGGCAAACUUGGUUAGAGAUGAGAAGAGACAUAUUGCAGAGUUGUUGAGAAAUAGGAAUGAGGAGAGUGCAAGAAUACGUGUAGAGACUGUCAUAAGAGACGAGUAUCUUAUCGAAUGUUAUAAUAUCGUUGAAGUACUUUGCGAGUUGUUAUUUGCUAGAUUACCAUUGAUCACUGCUACCUGCGAGGUACCAUCAGAGUUAAAGGAAUCAAUAUAUACAUUGAUCUAUGCAUCACAGAGAAUACAGAUACCAGAGUUGGAACUGAUAAGGAAACAGUUGUUGGCAAAGUAUGGUCGUGGCUUGGAGCAUGAGGUCAAUUGUCAUUGUCAAACCUAUGUCAAUCCAAAGAUUGUCUAUAAGCUAUCGUACGUCACUCCGGAACCAUUCCUAGUGUUCCAAUACCUCAAUGAGAUUGCAUAUGAGGGCAAGGUCGAUUGGUGUGUCGAUCCAAUUCCACCUCCAACCGCAUCUGUCGGCGUCGCACCGGGUCCAUCAAUCAUGAUGCAACAACCUGCGCCACACAUGUCAAUGUUCCCAAGUGGUAACAAUGUUGUAUCCUCUAACAUAAACAAACCAUCAUACCAAACACCAACUCCACCUCCACCUCCACCUGCAUAUACACCUACUCCACAACCUCAAUUCCCAUCUGUACCAACUACACCAGCCACAUCAACCAGCCAGCCAGCAUUCCCUGCCAUUCCACCACAAUACACACCAACGCCAGGUGGUCCUGCAGCCUCCUCCUCGUCAACGGCCACCAUAGACGAAGCCUUCCCAGACUUUGACGAGUUGACCGCUCGCUUUGAAGCAUUGAAGAGACAGAACAAUAUGAACUAA